GUAUUAGAGUUGAAAAUAUAAUAAUUUCAGAUUAAUGAAUGGCGUUCACAAUCUAUGCUUUAAUGAAAGCAGGUCUUCUGCUUCUUAACGCUGCUGCCAUUCUUCACAAAGAACGUUUUUUGGACAAACUAGGAUGGACUGAACAAGCAGUAAUGGCUGCUCAAACUAUGAUGACUGAUCCAUACAACCCUAUGUAUGGCCAAGCCCCACAGGCCCAGUCAGACACAAUGAAAACACAGUUUCUUAAAUUUGUAAUUGCAGUUCAAACAAUCAUGAGAGUGCCUUUAAUUUUCAUCAACUUGUUCGCAAUUUCAUUGGAAUUGUUACUGGGUUGAAAAUAAGACAUUGUUUUUGAGAGUUCUCCAAAUGAGUGGCAUGUUAUGUCUGGGAGGCAACUGGUUGUUUUGGAAAUUAUCAUUCAAAUAACACAUAGCUGUUUAUAAUUUUAAUUGUAACAUUAAAGGUGAUGCAUGAUUAUGGUUUAUUUUUGAAUAUAGUCAAAGUUUGAAU